AUGGUGCUGCAGGGCAUUUUCACAAAAACUUCCAAGAAGAAGACCAACCACGAGGCUGAGCCUGCUUCCCCGAAUCGCUCGCCCACGCAUCAUCACUCGCCGCGACACUCGGCCUCGUCGACGUCGCUGCCCGAAAGACGGAGCAAGCCCAGCGCAAAAGACCACCGCUCCGAACGUCAUCGCCGACCUGACUCGUCGUCGCCCUCCAAGAAGUCUUUCUCCCGCUCCUCCACCUUUGACCGCAACACCCACCCGCUCAACCUCCCGCCCGAAGAGCGCCGCAGGCUGUCCGUCUUGUCCGCCAUGAGCGAUCAACAGCAGCCGCCCAGCUCCCCCAUGGACGCCGACUCGCCCGCACCGGCCAACGGCUCUGCCGAAACCAACGGCGACAAGGCUGCUCCUCCGCCACCCCCACACAGGACCCCUACCAGCCCGCCGCCCCAGGCCGAUGCUGUCGACCCCGAGGCCUGCAAGGCCGCCGGUAACAAGUUUUUCAAGGCAAAGGAGUACGACAAGGCCAUCAAGGAGUACACCAAGGCCAUUGAGGCCGACCCCAAGUCCGCCACCUACCGGUCAAACCGCGCCGCCGCUCUGAUUUCUGCGAAUCGCUUCGUCGAGGCUUUGGACGACUGCAAGGUUGCCGACGAGCUCGAGCCGAACAAUGUCAAGAUUCAGCACAGGUUAGCGCGCGUCUACACCAGCCUGGGCCGUCCGGAGGAUGCCCUUGAUGUGUACAACAAGGCAGAGGCGAGCGCCAAGGACAAGGCGGCCGCUCAGGCCAUGCUCCAGCACUUGAACCAGGCGGACGAUCAGCUGCGGACGGGCACUUCUGGUUCGCUGGUCAUCCACGCGCUCGACUCGGCUGAGCGCGGCCUCGGAGCUGGCGUGAGCGUGCCGCGCAAGUGGAGGCUGAUGAAGGGCGAGGCGUACCUGAAAAUGGGCAACGCCAACGCGCUCGGCGAGGCUCUGAGCCAGGCCAUGACGCUGCUGCGGAACAACAGCCAGGACCCCGAGGCGCUGGUGCUCCGGGGACGGGCAUUGUACGCGCAGGGCGACGAUGACAAGGCCAUUUCGCACUUCCGUCAAGCGCUGAACUGCGAUCCGGACUUUAGGGAUGCGGUCAAGUGGUUGCGGACAGUGCAGAAGCUGGGUCGCAUGAAGGAGGAGGGCAACUCGCUGUUCAAGAGCGGAAAGUACCAGGAGGCCGUGGACGUUUACACGCAGGCUUUGGAGGUGGAUCCCAUGAACAAGGGCACCAACUCGAAGAUUCUGCAGAACCGCGCGCUCUGCAACAUCAAGCUCAAGAACUACCAGCCGGCCGUGGAUGAUGCCACUCGCGCAUACGAGCUCGACAACACGUACGUCAAGGCGCGCAAGACAAAGGCCAAGGCGCUGGGUGAGAUGGGCAACUGGGAAGAGGCGGUGCGCGAGCUCAACGCCGUCAAGGACGCCAACCCGGGAGAGCCCAACAUCCAAAAGGAGAUUCGCAACGCGGAGCUGGAGCUCAAGAAGAGCAAGCGCAAGGACUACUACAAGAUUCUCGGCGUUGACAAGGACGCCGACGAGACGCAGAUCAAAAAGGCCUACCGCAAGCUGGCCAUAGUGCACCACCCGGACAAGAACCAGGGCGACGAGGCCGCGGCCGAGCGCUUCAAGGACAUUGGCGAGGCCUACGAGACCUUGAGCGAUUCUCAGAAGCGCGCGCGCUACGACAGCGGCGAAGACCUCAUCGACCCCUCGGACAUGAUGGGCGGUGGCAUGGGCGGCGGGUUCGGCGGCAUGGGCGGCAUGGGCGGCGGCGUCCAGAUCGACCCUGAGAUGCUGUUCAAUAUGAUGGGCGGGGGUAUGGGAGGCGGCUUUGGCGGUAUGGGCGGUAUGGGUGGUGGUGGGUUUGGCGGGCGCGGCAGGGGCGCCCAGUUCUCGGGCGGGUUCCCGUUCUAG